GCGAGCAGUCGCACGCGUGCUGUUCGUGCGAUACGUUGUACAUUUGUCGUUUGUGAGUGCAGGGAUCGAUAUGAUAUUCGUAUAAUCAUUUUUUUUACCUCUGCGAUCCUCCGGAGCAUUCAGUGCGCGCGACUUUCUCUCUCUCUCUCUCUUUCUCAGUGGAAACUCGGAUGCAUCGUGUCUAGUGCCGGCAGAAACGACGAACGAUCACGUGCUUGCGACUAUUCUCACUUCAAAUGCAGCCGCGCAACCGAGGCAGCAAACCGGCGAUCACAUCGCCGUGGAUGUCAUUGCCGCGUGAUCCUUCCAACUACAACGAUCGCCUCCUCGCGAUACGCAUUGAGCACUCGAGCUUUCGCCGAACCGGUUCCCGAGCAAUGCGUGCGUCGCGCUUCCGAGUGGCCGCGCGCAAGCGGCACAGCUGUUGCAGUCUGUAAAAGAAAAUUCGUGAAAAUAACGGAUGAGACGCGAAGCAGCGCGAGGAAAAAUUCUGAAUUCUUGCUCAGCUUCUCUUUACACGCUCUCGAAUCGUCAUUUCUGUCAGACUGAUAUAUUUGGAGUUAGAAAUUGAUGCUGAGGAAAGUAUCGUCGUUGAAAUAUUCUGAGCGAUAGAAGGAUUCGUCAAAGAUUAUCACGGAAAUUGCUUGCUUAUGCAAUAAGCGUGGAAAAGGAACGUAUCGAAUCGGUUUUGACGAACGCGAUAAUUACGGCGAGACGUCAGUGAAAACAUUCUUCUUUCGAAGAGAAAAAAGAAAAAAAGAAAGUGUGCGUUUGGUAGUGAACAUUAGUAAAAAAUAGUUGUGACGGUAUUUAUAUCAAGAAUCCAAAGAAAGAGGCUUUACUCCAAGUCAAGGUUGAAUUUUUUGAAUCUGGAAAGUAGCAUAAAUUCAAAAGAAUGCUUCCUCCGACCACAAUGCACUUAGAGAAUAGAACUGGAGACAGAUCAGGAUCUUAUUACCGACGUCAUGCCUCUGCGCCGCCGACGGACCGCGCACCGAUGUCUAGUACGGACGACGAUCACAGCGGAUCGUCAGAGACGGAAAACACAUCGUCGGACACGUCGACGACCCAUCGCGUCAAUCGUCAUGCCGUGUCCAAUCAAGAUUCUAACACGCGCAGGAAACGACGUGGCAAUCUACCGAAAGAGGCAGUUUCGAUACUGAAAGGCUGGCUCAUGGAGCACAGAUACAAUGCAUAUCCUAGCGAGACCGAGAAGGAGUCUCUUAGUGUACAAACACAACUUUCGAAUCUCCAGGUGUGUAACUGGUUUAUAAACGCCAGACGGCGCAUUUUGCCUGAACUGAUUCGCAAGGACGGCAAGGAUCCUCAUAUGUACACGAUAUCGCGCCGCGCCCGUCGCGUACACGCGACUGGUUCUCGACCAGGUCGCAAGACUUCCUCUGAACUGAUGGAGACUGAUGGCGACAGUCCACCGAGGCCGGAGCAGAAUUGGGACUCGCACGUCGAAGAUAUCAAUGAGGCUGCAUCAACAACGCAGGAGAAUGAGAAGGAUCGUGACUACGAUGAGGAACCGGUGUAUCGAAAUGAAGACAGUCCGAUUACAAAUGAUUACGCAAGCAGUCCGAAUGGUUACCACAGUGAGGAGGAACACCCUUUGACACAGUGGCCCAAUGUAAUCGUUCGUCCCUACGCGGAGCCUCAAGUUAAGCAGUUAGACGACAACGCUAUGUCCAAUCCCCUCCGACGCGGGAGUAACGACAAUUCGGAUAGUUCUCCCGAUAUUUCGUCCGGCGAGCCCGCAGCAUACUGGAGCGCUCCACGGGAGCACUUGCUGACGGUACCUGGAGUUCAGCAACAGCAACAAAUCGAGAUUCUCAAUCGCGGUCUGCCAUUACGGAGUCUCAAGAACGCCUACAUUCACCAAGACAGUGGAGACAAUUUCAGCAUGCUUGUGGAACUUGCCGUUGCCCGACGGGAAGCAACAUACGCUAUGAACGAGGCUAGCGCCGUCAGCUGCGAAUUAAGCUCGUCGCUCGGCACUCGGCGUUCCUCACGUUCGCCUGAUACCGGUACCAAAAUGAUGGCAACGCGCGAGAGCCGGCCAAUGGAUUUUUAUACAGUAGAGCUUCCGUACUUUUACGAUCCUGAUUUUGAAAAUAGGGAAAAACACACGUGAGCAUUUUCACGAAUACCAUUACAAUGUGCGAUUUAUUUUCAACGAAGAGGUGAAAAAACAUUUUGGCACCUCCUUUGGCUGAUUUUGCUGGUUAUAUCCUGUCGUUACUUUGAAAAUUUGUGCUUUAUCGUGUCGAUUCAAGUUUUUAGACUAAUGUUAAACUUUUAAUUUUUAAUUAGAUUUCGAGUAGAACUUUCUAAUUUGACAUUUUCUGAUUUGAAUGCCAUGCAGCGCGAUGUAUUCUCGUUAUUCUUUCGAAAACUACACCAUCACGCUAAAAUGAACUGAUGGACUUUAUCGCAGCAUUUCAAAAGGCUUCGAAAGGCGAAUCGGAACUUUUGUAAUGUCGAUCACGCUCCUUCGCAUUUUUUGAUAUGAAACAGGAGAAGCGCGAUCGCGUGGUUUGACAUUUUUCAUCGUGAAACAGGAGAAGCAAGAUCGCGCUGCUUGACACUUUUCGAGUGUAUUCCUACAAUAACUCGUCACGCUCAAAUGAUUAAGAUAAUAUUCUAGGCGAACCUUUAACGCACCUAGGAUGAAAGCAGCACAUAUCGAUGAUGAGUGUGUGAAAAAAUAGAUAACUGAAUUUCAACAUCGCAAGUGUGAUAGACGCGAAAAUGCUCAGACUAUUUUAUGCAAAAUACACGGAACGCUAUUUCUAGAGUGUAAUAAUCAGAGAAUGAUCUCUAACAAUCGAUUGAUCGCUCAAUACUUAAGCGCGUCCUUCUUGGAUCCGUCUCUUAUUGAUGACAUCGGUAUAGCAAUCCUUUGAGAGAGCUUUCGAGAGGCUUCACCGGAUAUCGGGUUGUCUUACCGCGGAGAUACGCCGAGUUACCUGAACUUUAUUAUAAAUAAAUUACGAAAAGAGAAGUCCCUUUCGCGUUUACGGACUACUAGAUAUAUACACGCGCAAUCGGCGACGUGUACAAAAACGUAAAGGGGAUUUGAGUAAUCGAAAACGAGUGCCAAAGUGCUAGCCGAGCAUCACUCUGCCUUAAGAGAAACAAGUCUGACAGUUAUAUAAGCAUGUUAUUAAAAAAAUAAUCGCACAAGUACAAAAGUAUAUUCGCUCUUCGUGUUAUGCCGGAGAAGUAAUCGUUAGUUAGCUGAAUAGAGGUAUCUGAAAAUCUACAAAGCGGCAUCGAGACUAUAUUUGAAGCAUUGUUUCUAGUAAUAGCGUUCCUGCUCAAGAUAAUUUUUUUUCUCAACUCCGAUUUUUAUGUUUUGUUAUAGAGAUGUAAGUAUACGAAUUUUUGAACUAUGUGAAGCGAAUUUACUUGUAGAAGUACAAUUGACAGGGUAGUUUGCAGUGUAACGAGCAUAUUGAUGUUCACAUAAUUUCCAUCUGUCGGUGAGACGCGAUAGUAUCCAUUUUUAUCUUACAAUUUUCGCGACGUUCUCUCCGACACUUUCAAACUUCUCGAUUGUUCUAUUUCAGUUUGAGUUGUUUUUGAAUUUUGUUUGACCUUCGGGAAAAUCUGAAAAUGUUGCAUUGAAUAUUUUCUGUUGCCCUCGCGAUUCGCAUUUAUUUCGUUGCCCACAAAUCAUGAUGUAUUUCAAUCAAAAUCACGAUUAUACGCACACUUUCGUGUGUAACUGCACGCCAAAGAGAUGUGCGUGCCAGGGUGAUGCAUUUUCGCACAAAUGUGUCGCACUCUCGGGGCCGAUAAACUUUCUCUUUUUCAAAGUAUAUCGAUAAGGGGAGAGUGAUGAAAUUAAAGGAAAUUAUGACGAAUAAGGAAAUUUUUAUAUUGUGUACAUAUGUAUAUGAGACGUGUCUCGAAAAUAAAUAUAUGAACGCAAUUAGAAGAAAACCAAAAUUUAUUGAAUAACGUUACGUUGCAAAACAACUAAAUGUGUGUAUGAAUGUAUUGAAAAUGUUUUUAUUAUUCAUUUUUUUUUAAAUAAAUCUUCCUUUCUUUUUUUUUCUAGUUUUAAUUGCGUUUGUAUUAUGUUUUCAUGUACUCGACAUGCCUCGUAUAUCAAUAGCAAUAUAAAACGCUUGGAAAUGACACGCACUUGGAAAGAAGUGUACUAGGGGGAAAACCAAAGACUUAUUAGUAAAUACUAAUUAAAUCACGCUGAUCGCUCCAUUAGACAAAGUUGUGGCGGUAUGACAUGACGUUCUUUUGUCUAAAUGUGACGGAAGACGAAACAAUAAUUAUGCAAGCUCGCUUAAAACUCCACCCAGAUUGGCACGUGGGUAUUCGUUGCACGUUUUUGCUUAUACGCGUGUGUACUACUUCUCGAGAAUGAUUGAGAUAUUGCGCCGAUGUUUUAUGAAGCAGCAGUUAGCUAGUGGACUAGUGGGCGAUGAACCUGUGUUCACGGAUAGAAAGUUGUUGAACGUGUAAAAACGUUUGAUUGAAAUUUAUUUUAAUACGGCGAUCAUUGCAAUGAUCUUGUUGUUACAGUGAUAAAAAUAGUAGUUUCUAUUAGUGUGUGAUGGUGGAGAGGGGUAAAGUACGGAGAAAACGGAACGAACGGGUGAGCCCAGAAUUUGGCAUACGCGAGAGGGAGGAGAGAAUAAGCGAAGAACAAGCGAGGGAUUGCAAGAUGAUUAACGACUUACAACGUAAAACACUUUGAUAAUCGGCAGGGGAAGGGAGGGAGGAAGGACAAAGCAAAGAAUGAUAACGAUGACGAAUGCAGAUUAGCUAAAUUUUUGUUUUUGUUAUGUGUAUUGCAUGAAUGGAAAAAAAAAAAUGUGGACAUUGGUAGAUUCUCUGCUGCGGCUUUUUGCAUAAUUUUUCGGAAACCAGUGUCGACUUACGUUUUAAAGUAAAUUAGAGUCAUUGGUGUAACUUGAAUUGGCUUCAAUCAACAUUUUAUCUAUAUAUUUCGAAAUAUAAACUUAUACUUUAACUAAUAUUUUAUUAACACUAGUUCGAGGCAAUAAUUCUUAAACAUUUUGGAACCAAACAAAACAUUAUGAAAGAUUUAUAAAAAAAGCUAUAAGGGAUAACAAAAUAUUGAUGAUCGUUAUUAUUCUUUCACCUACGUCAAAAUGCGUUGCGUUGUAAAUAAUUAUAUAAUUUAGAGAUUGAAGUUUUCAUAUGAAUUUCUGUCGUACUGAAUUUUUACUUUUUAUUCGAAGAGAAGCUUUUUCUUAACUUUGACUCAAGGUUGUAAAACCCUGGCGUCCGUAUAUAUCGUCGAAGGCAAUCAGUCUUCAUUUACUUACAGUUAGCACGGGAUACGUCUUUUCUUUUCGUUUUUGUUCUUUUUUCGUUAUUAUUCGCCCCGUUUUACGGAAGUAACAUGCAGUCGGUUUCACUGGCUCUUUUAAAUGUUUCACUCGAUCUUUGUUUUUUUCUCUUUUUUCCCCCUCCCCUUUUCUUUUUUAAUUGUCGGGAAGAGCCGAGGAGAAAUCGGUUGUGAAUUUAGAUUACAGUCACCGUCGCUGAAAUCGGCCUUUAAUCGGCAACGAAUAGUCGGAGCGAGCCUGUCGGGAAUGACUAGCCCGAUGGAUAGAUAGUAAGAAAAGCAUAACUGAACGCGCUAAAAUUGUGAGCGUAUCGUUUGUCUUAUAAAUAUUAGAACGAUAAGGAUAGUAACAGACAACUAUCUUCGUUAUUUUUAUCCCUACAAGUUGAGAGUCGCAUCGAUAGAAACUUCACUGUAAAUUUAUUCAGUGAUGAAAAAAGAGAUUAAACAUUUCAUUAUCAAAGUUGUUCUCUCGAUAGUACAUUCAUAUUGAUCCAAUACAUCGACAAUAUAUUAUUGAUACAAUAAUUUGAUCAUGAAGUAUGCCUCAAAUUAACCGGAGAAAAUGUGUUAAAUUAUUUUCAAUUGGAAUUUCUUCAUACGAGAUAGUGUAAAUUAUGUUCUGCAAUACUUAAAUUUAAGCUCGAGUCUUUCUCUUUACAUUUAUUCGCACCAGAUUAAUUCAAAUGGAAUUUCAGAAUUAAGUGAUUCAGGCUGCAUAUCAUGUGUCGAUUUUUCUAGAAGAUUGCUUUCAUUUUUAUCGCGUUUAACAGCAGAAUAUAUAGUAAAGUUAAAUUUGUCCAGCUUCCGAUCGCAAGACACAAUUCUCUAUCAUAAAUCUUUUUUGAUUUAUUUAAACUUUUCUUGUUAUAUUCCGGCGAUACUUCUUCUAAAACUUCUUUAGUAGUCCGCUUUUGGUAAUCUGGCUUGCAAAUAAAAUGUUCUGGAGACACUUAUCAGGCAGUCCUAAAGCACAUUUCAUUCCUUCGAUCAUCGUAUCUUUUCUUAGGUGUGACUUUCAAUCUCUCAACUCGUAGGGGUAAAAAGUAACGGCUUAGGAUAAUAAUCCAAUUAUCUAAUAGAUUAGAUGUUGUUUUAAUACUUGCAAGCGAUGCGCUUGCAACUUUAGCGCGCGUUUAAUUUAAUUUGAUGAAACAUCCUAUACGUAGAUCAUAAGUGCGUGGGUUACUAUGCUUCUGCAAUGGUGCAACCACACUGCCACGUAGCGAGCCAAGUGUCUUAAUCUCGAGUUUUAUUUUGUCUUUUAUUUUUCGAUAACGCGCGCACGUUAUUGACUAUCCUUGUAUCGGGCGCGCGUGCAGGAUUCACAGGAUCCCGGCGAAUCGAUCCCCUACCGUUGCUAUUUGUACAAAAACUUACCGACCUAGAAUUAAGUGUGCCUUCACCGAGACGUCCCGAAUUCACGAGGGAUCUCCUUUAGCGUGUAGUUACGACCAUGGUACAACAACGAUGCGGACAAUCCGCCAAGAGAAAAAAAAAAAAAGAAAGAAAAUGAAAAACGGCGAACAGUCGAGCGAAUCCUCGAUUCUUGCCGUUCGAGCUCACAGCGAUCGCGCAUUUUUUACACUCUUAAUAAUCCACUCACUAAUCGACUAUAGGAUUAAUGUGCUUUCGAAACAUUAUCCGCAAGACAGAAGGUACUUAUCGUGUGUUUGAUUGGAAUCUUGCAGUCUGCGAUCAGCGCAAAGAUACCGCGCGCGGCGCGCUGCAAUCAAGAAAUUUGAUCAUGAAUAUAAAGUUUGGAUAUGCGUUUAGACCCCCUUUUAAAUUGUCGAUUUUUAUAUUCUUGCUAUAGAAGAGUUCGCGAAUUCGAUUGCGAUGUUGACGUAUAGCACGACUUUUCACGUUAAGGCAUGCGAAACGGCGAUGUAACUCGCUUUCGUCAAAAUUUGAGCCGAGAAGUAUCUACGGUUAAGUCGUAAUGUUAGUGUUUAUACAAAGCUAUUCAUAUUAAAGAUAUUAUUAUGAGAAAUUUACAAAGAAAGCUACCUUUUUCUACAAUCGAUAAUGCUCUCGCGAUUUUCUAAAGUCUUUGCGCAAAGCGAGUUUAAGUCGUUGUUGCAUGUUAAGCUCUUCGUACAAUUGCAGGAUACUGGAGGAAGACUGUUCACUCCUUUCGCUGCAGCAGUGUAAUCGAUUUAAAAGUUUUCCUAUUACUGACCCCAAGAUACACGAUGGAUACAAAAAAAAAAAACAACUAGCUGAAACCGAUUUGUCGAUUGCGGAAAUUUGAUAAGGCGACGUUUCUCGCGAAAAACACGGCAGGAUUGCAGUUUCGUUUGUUGUUCGGGCACACGAUAAUCAAGAAUUGCGGCGUUUUAAUGCCGCUUUCGAUGCGGGAACAUAUGUUCAGAUCUUGAACAUAGAUGUCUUAACACUUACGCACAGAUUUGUAACAGCCGACAAGAAAAAGAGCGUUUUUUCAGCUGCAUCGAAAUUGUUAGAGCCGCUCGUGGAAGUUUCACUCUACGCGCCGAUAAGCAUAUCGCUUUACUCUUAGACAAUAACUCGAUCGCGCCCAGAAAUAUGUCACUUAAUUGAUUUGUACAAGUAUACCGAUUUUAAGUUUGGCUCACACACACACACACACAUACACAAACACACACACGAACACGUACACACAGCGUAAAAAAUUGUACAGGUGCCAUAAUACCGAGUUGAUGUAGUUUAAGCCUUAGUAUGGCUAGAUAUUGGUUUAAGGUUUAAUCAUACUUAACGAUACGUUACUGCUAGUUGCGUAUAUAAUCGUAUAAGUGUAUACGCGCAGUUUUUUUCUUUCUCUCCUUCCUGUCGACUUGAAUCUUUAUAUGUGAUUUGUUCAAUUUAUAUUGCAAAGAUUUGUUGUGAAUGAGGGUCUCGUGCGCGUUCCGACGAUCGCGGCUACGACGAUCCUCCGCGAUUUCGUGAGAGCUACUCUGCCUCUUAUUAAAUGGCGCGCGACUAGACAAGCGGCAAUUGGGAAAAGAGCGAAUACACUGGUGAUUUAUCUACGUAGUUCCCGAUUUAGCGCGCGAGGAUCGCGCGCGAACCUUUAAGAUCAUUUAGGACUAGUAUUAUCGUAUUAAGAUAUUGUUCGUAUCACAGAUAGUUACAAUAAAACUGUUGCAGUCUUUUAAA